AUGCACAUUGCGGUCGAAAAAGGGCAACAAGAGAUGGCACUACGUCUUCUUGAAGUUGAUAAAGAUGUUGUUCGUGUCAGAGGAAAGAAUGGCGAGACCCCUUUUCACUACCUGUACCAUACAGCCCCAAAUCUUUUUUCUUUUUGUCUCUCCUGUUGUCAAUUGCUUCUUCCUCCUGGCAUGGAUGAAAGUUUGAGAACAGCUGCUCGUCUAGGAAAUGUUAGUGAAUUAUAUACGUUAAUUCACAGAAAUGGAAAUGUUUUGAGGCGCCUCGACGAGGUUGAGUUCAUCGAAACUCCUUUACACAUAGCUGCAGAAGAAGGACGCAUUCGGUUUGCGAUGGAGAUUAUGAGCUUAAAGCCAUCAUUUGCUAGGAAGCUAAACCAACAAGGUCUGAGCCCCAUGCAUCUCGCAAUCGAGAAAGGGCACAAGGAGAUGGCGCAACGUCUCUUGGAAAUCGAUACAGGUCUUGCUCAAAUCAAAGGGAUGAAUGGUGAGACUCCUCUGCACUACAUUAGUAAAUUUGGAAACUGUGAUGAUCUGUUAGAUAAAAUUUUGAAGGCUUGCCCUGAUUGUAUCCGAGAUGUUACAAAUCAAAACCGCACUGCUUUGCAUAUGGCAGUGGAAAACAAAAGAUUGGACGUCCUCCAAGUACUAAUUGGAAUGCUUAGGAAGAAAGACUAUUAUCGAAAACAGUGA